CAGCGCUACUACAGUACUACUCUGCACAUGCUCCGGGACACUCCUCAACUUUCCCCGUGAAGAAUGAGAGUCGGAGGGGAGAAAUAGAGAGAGUCAGGGGAUCAGACAGGACAGGCAUUUCUGGGGUUCAAGACAGCGCCAAGGAUCUCGAAGACACUCUUCUCCCCAGCUCUAAAGAAAGUCCCAUUGAUUAGAUUUGUUUAAGAGAAAGAAGAAACACAGCCAACAUUACUUUGGAGAAAGACUGAGAAGAAAGUUGAUGUGAGAAAGAGAGGGAGAGAAGCCACAGGACUGCGCUGCCAUGUCACUGAAAUACAGCGAUGCCCCAGGGCCAGAAGCAACCAGCAACAGUUUCUGGAUGCCAGAUAAAUAUAAAAGCACAACCAAACGCACGGACGAUGGUUACAAAGUCUGCAACGACAUCAUCCUGUGUUUCCAGGAGAGAGCAAAGAUUGAGAAACAGUACGCCCUGCAGAUAGCAACCUGGUCACGGAAGUGGAAGCCACUGGUCGAAGCAAGUCCUAUGUACGGUACUCUGUUGAAGGCGUGGCACGCCUUCCUUACCUCCGCAGACCGUCUGAGUGAACUCCACCUGGAGAUCCAGAAAUCGCUAGUGACUGAGGACACUGCCAAGAUUCGCAACUGGCAGAGGGAGACGUACCACAAGAAAUUCUUCGGGGGCUUCAAGGAGACCCAUGAGGUGAAGAGUGGAUUCCGAAAAGCACAGAAACCCUGGACAAAGAAACUGAAAAAGACAGAGAAGCUGAAGAAACUGUACCACGCCAAACGCAAAAAGGAGCGGGUGGCCAUCAUCCGUGAAAAUAGUGGCAAGGCCAACCAGGCAACAUCUACAUCAAAGCAGCGCAAACUCCAGGGUGAAAGAGAGAAGUGCAACCAGGAAGUAGAAAAGGUUAAGCAACGCUACACAAAGACGAUAGAAGACUUAAACAAGUACAAUCCAAAAUACAUGGAGGAGAUGGAGAUGGUCUUUGACCAGAGCCAGCAGCUGGAGCAGAAACGCAUAAUAUUUCUCAAACAGAUCUUCUUGUCCAUACACCGGCACCUUGACGUCACCAAUAAUGAAAGCUUCCAGUCUAUAUUUAAAGACCUACACCAGACUGUACUCUCAGUAAAUGAGCAGAAUGAUUUGAAAUGGUGGCGUAACACACAUGGUCCAGGGAUGCCAACCAACUGGCCACAUUUUGAGGAAUGGAGUCCAGAGAGAGAAAAGAUUGCAGGCAAGCCAGGGAAAGGGAAGAAGGAAGGAGACAAGGUGGUUCUUCAAAGCUUAAGUUUAAGUAAGGGGUAUUCCCUGGGUGAGGAUGGCACAAACGUCCCUGGCGUCAGAAUCCGAGCAUUGUACGAUUACACCAGCCAGGAGUCAGAUGAGCUCAGUUUCAAGGCGGGUCAGGAGCUGACUAAAGUGGAGGAUGAGGACGAGCAAGGAUGGUGUAAAGGUUAUCUUGAUGGAGGUCGGAUUGGACUAUACCCAGCAAACUACGUAGAAGUUAUACAAUAGAAGGCAGAGUGAAUGCUGCUUAAUUAAAAAAAAAGUGGAUAUUUAAAAUGAAGGCAUCACCAACAGGACCUAUGAGUGUCUCUCCACCAACAUGCUUUUAAAAAAACA